GCUGUCUGCUCACACAGUUUGCUUCAACUUCUCGUCUCAUCAAAUUUCAGUUUCACAGGCUCCACAAACAAUACUUAGCAUUUAAAAUUGUCGACAAAAUGUCUGCUCGCAAAUGCGCUGAAUGUGGCGAAGUGCACCUGGCAGGUGCCAAUGGUGCCAUCUAUUGCUGUGGCACCUUGCUACGGGCAGUACAAAUGUCGAAUAUGUUCAAGGACUCGAAAUAUUUUGUGGAUAUGGCCAGUCGCUAUUCGCCUGAUCGAAUUUUGGCCGAUUGGCAGCUCUUCUGCAGCUGCAAAAAGAAUGAAAACUCGGUGAAGCAUUUAACCAAUUUCGUGGAGAAUCAUUUCGAGCCACCUGGCACAGAGUUGGAGGCCUGGUGUCCACCUGAUUGGCGCUGCGAGCCCGCGUUCUUGGCCCAAGUUAAGGAUCCCGAACUGAAGAAGUUUGCCUCGGAGCUGAACAAGAUGUGGAAGAGUCUCGGUCGCCACAUCAAAGACUGCGUCCGUUCGAAUCCAUUGCAAUACUCCCUGGUCUAUGUACCGAAUCCGUUUAUAGUGCCUGGUGGACGAUUCAAUGAGUUCUACUAUUGGGACACGUAUUGGAUUGUGCGUGGUCUGCUGUACAAUGGCAUGGCACAGACGGCACGGGGUAUGAUCGAUAACCUGCUGUACAUUGUGUCGCAGUACAAGUUUGUGCCGAAUGGUGGACGCAUCUAUUAUUGGGGUCGCUCGCAGCCACCGCUGCUGGUGCCCAUGGUGAAGUCGUACGUGGAGAUGACCAAUGAUCGCAAGUAUGCGGUACAAGUGCUGCCCAUACUCGAGAUGGAGAUCGAUAAUUUCCUGAGCAAUCAUGCGGUUCAGGUCAAGGGACGCACCAUGUAUCAGUAUCGCGACAAAUCGAAUGGACCACGACCCGAAUCGUUUCGCGAGGAUGUGGCGAGUGCCUCAGGCUUUGCCACGAACACCGAAAAGGAGGAGCACUACUCGCAUCUGAAGGCUGCCUGUGAGUCGGGCAUGGACUUUAGUUCACGCUGGUUUGUCUCCGACUGUGGUAAUAAUGUGGGUACUUUGGCCAACAUCAAGACCACCUGGAUAGUGCCUGUUGAUCUGAACUGCAUAUUGUUUCGCAAUUGCAAGACACUCGCCGAGUUCAACUCGUGGAUGGGCAACACGGACAGAGCGGAAAACUAUCGCAUGAUUGCGGGCAAUCUAAUCAAGGCCAUAACCGCAGUGCUGUGGAAUGAGGAGCGUGGCGUUUGGUUCGAUUACGAUCUGAAGAACAAGGUGCCUCGCGAUUAUUUUGUUGCCACAAAUCUGUCGCCACUUUGGGCGCGUGCGUAUCCCAUCAACAAUGCUGACAAGAUCACCGAGUCGCUAAUGCGUUACAUUGAGGAGAAUAAGCUGGAUUCGUUUCCGGGUGGCGUUCCACACACACUGAGCAAUACGGGUGAACAAUGGGACUAUCCGAAUGUGUGGCCUCCGAUGAUGCAUGUGCUGAUCGAGGGCCUCAAUAAUCUAGGAACGCCACAGGCCAAGGAAUUGUCGCAACGCUGGCGUGAUCGAUGGGUGCGAUCCAACUAUGAGGCUUACAAGAAGACCGGAUUCAUGUACGAAAAGUACAACUGCGAGGUAUUCGGCAGCGGCGGUUCGGGUGAGUACGUCAAUCAGACCGGAUUUGGCUGGACAAAUGGAGUGCUCAUCGAGCUACUGGCCAAGUAUGGCCAGGAGUUGACAGCGAAGGAUCCAGCUGAUGCUGCAGGUUGUGUGUGCCCAGAAGACGAUGAUAAGUCAACUGGCAAGCCGAUUGUAGAUGAAGAGUGUCCCAUAACAAGCGAAGCCUAUUUGGCGCAAAAGCUAGAGAAAUCGCAAGCUGCUUGUGCGACGCCAGUAAAUGCGGAAUGCAACGGAAAUGGUGGCAACACCGGAAAUGCUGGCAAUGCCGCAAAUGCACAGGAGACUGAGACAGGUUGUUCGGUGAUGUGUUGUCGCACGGUCUAUGAGGAGGAAGAGGAACCCGCGCUUAUUGAGAGCUUCGCAACAAGCGAACAAGAAUGUCAGUGUGGCGAAGAACCUAUUAAACCAGAUCCAGUUGCCAAAGCGCAGACACCGUGCCCACCACAAACACCGCCACAGGCACCGUGUCCACCACAAACACCGCCACAGGCACCGUGUCCACCAAAAGCACAGCCACAGGCACCGUGUCCACCAAAAGCACAGCCACAAGUACAGUGCCCACCAAAAGCACAGCCACAGGCACAGUGUCCAACGUCCACAGUUAAUGUGGCCACAGCUACAGCAGAGACUAGAGCAUCGAUUGCUAUUUGUCCAGUUUGUCAUGAAGUCUGCGAUAAGCAGGAGAAGCGAGAGAAGCCACCGAUCUUUUCACUUGCCUCGGCUGCAGAGUGUGCUGACCCCUGCAAAGCCAGUGAGCCGAAACCAAUUGAGAUCGAGAUGGAAGAUGUGGACUGUCUGCUUGACUUGACACCGUCUCAGCUAGAGGAAGCAACUGCAGCUUGUCCGUGUGAUACUGAAGUGGUCAACGACGGCUGUGCCGAAGCACAGGCUAGAAGUGCUGAGGAUGGACAAGAUUGUGGCGAAAGUCCAUCAGUUGCACCCGACUGUAGUGUUGGUCCUGCUCCACCUAAUCCCAUGCUGAGGAAGGUCUUUCCGCUGGCCGAUUCCACGACGGGAAAUUGCUUUGAUGCGAAGCCGCAGGAGGCGAACAACGACGAUGACGACCACUGCAUAUGCUGUCGCGCUAAAGCGGAUGCGCGUGCGGAAAACCAAAAGGAAUGCAAUUAAGUCAAUUGUGGAGCCAAAGCUGAACGCAUUUUUCGGUCAAAUCAAAAUUUAAUAGUUCUAAUUUACGAAACUUCAGGAAAUACUGCACAAAACUCUCAACAAAUUUGAUCAUUUUUGGUUAUCCAACAGAGAAUUUAAUCCACUACAUUUGCAAGUAUCUUUAAGUUAUUGUCAAGACAUGCGUAGAUAAGUUAAAGAUAUAAAAAUUACGAACACAAUUGAAUUUACUAUCAGUUAAAAUAAAAUCACAACGAAUUUGAUAAAACUUUA